UUAAGCAAAAUAAUUAUUGGGUGGUUCAAGAGUGAAUUAAAAGAAAAGUAAUGACUGCCGUAUUAAGAUUGGGCUUCAUGCGCCUGUGCCAGCGUCCUGCAACGACGGCAGGCGCUGUUAACCAGCAACGUUUCAUUUCGGGCAAAACUAUGCGUGGUGGUCCUCGUGUAAUAACUCAUAAGCCUUUUCCAUACAAGGAGAAGAACUACAAUGUUUUCACGUCAAUGAUCGAUAAAACCACACCACGUUUAAAUGAUAAUUCCAAGUUAAUUUGUGUUGAAGGCCCCAUAGCGGCCGGAAAAAGUAAGCUUGCUAAAGAAUUAGCUGCUGAAUUGGAAAUGUUGUACGUGCCCGAAGCGAACAUGGAUAUGUAUUAUAUUAACCCAUACGGAUACGAUAUGCGUUUAUUAGAUCCAAAAAUGCCUGAAAGCUGUCGUUCGUUUGAUGUUCCGAAAUUCUGUAAAGAUCCUAAUCAUUUUUUGGCCGCAUCUUUUCAAAUAAAAAUGUACAUGCUGCGUUAUAGUCAAUAUGUGGAUGCUUUGGCUCAUAUAUUGUCGACCGGCCAAGGUGUAGUUUUGGAUCGUUGCUGUUAUUCCGACUUUGUUUUCAUGGAGACUAUGCAUAAACAUGGCUAUAUAUCGAAAGAGGCACGUUCGGUUUACCAUGAAUUACGUCAAAAUACUAUAUACGAAGUAUUGAGACCCCAUUUAGUCAUUUACUUAGAUGUGCCAGUGCAAGGCGUUAAGGAUAAAAUCAAAGCCCGUAAUAUUGAAUAUGAAGUCAAUUCGAAAGUGUUUACGGACGAUUAUUUACGAAGCAUGGAAAACUUCUAUAAGCAGCAUUUUCUAAAAGAUAUUUCGAUACAUGCCGAACUUUUAAUUUAUGAUUGGACUGCCGGCGGUGAAACUGAAGUAGUCGUCGAGGAUAUCGAGCGCAUUGAUUUCGAUGCAUUCGAAGAAGAUCCAAUGGAAAAGAAAAUGAAGGACUGGCGUUUCCCUAACGAGGUGGAAUGGUGUGAGGCCCGCAUUAAGUAUGCUAGUCAAAAAUCGGAUCUUAUGAAUUACUUUAAUAUACCGUGCUUUGACGUACCUGAAUUGUUGCGUGACGCUGAUAGCUCCAAAAUUUACCGUGACGUCUGGUACAAUGCUCCCGGCAUGAAAUAUCGCCCGGGCUAUAACGAAGACAUGGGUGAUACGGGUUUAUUAACCAAAACCAAAUCUCCAUACCGUGAUAAUUUCCUAUAAUGUCAAUCAUAUAGAGUUUGAAAAACUUUUACCUUUCAAUGAGGGAAUUAAAUAAUUUAAAAAAAA